AUGGCUUCAAUCACAUGCACCACUCACCAACCCAUAAUUUCAAAUUCCAUAUCUCAAAUCACUUCAAAAAUCUCAGUUUCUUCUCGUUUUCUUGGUAUCAGAGUUAAAAAACAUGGAUGGUCAAGCUCAAGCAUCACCUCUAGAAUUGGACCCUCCAAUGGUUCAAGAUACUCAUGCUGGUUCAGGUUUGGUAAGAAUGGCGUUGAUGCUGAAGGGGCUGGGAUUUAUGGUAGCCAGUCUCGUGAGGAUUUUGAUAGAGAUGAUGUUGAACAGUACUUCAACUAUAUGGGAAUGCUUGCAGUUGAGGGAACAUAUGAUAAAAUGGAGGCUCUGCUAGGCCAGAACAUUCACCCUGUUGACAUCUUACUGUUGUUAGCUUCAACAGAAGGCGACCUGCCGAAAAUUGAGGAACUCUUGAAAGCGGGGGCGAAAUAUGAUGUGAAAGAUGCAGAUGGAAGAACGGCGUUGGAUAGGGCUAAUGCAGAAGUUAAAGAUUUCAUUCUUAAUUUUUCAGUGCAGAGAGCAUGA